AUGGCCACCGGAAAAAGCUAUUACCCACGGCCAAGCCACCGUUUCCUCGGCACAGAUCCGUCGUACUACUCCUCCUCCACCGACUCCACCUUCGAGUUCGACGAAUCCGAUCUCUACUCCUCCGAUUCCCCUCGGAAAAUCUCCACAUCCGCCAGAUCCGGCACAAAACAGUCUAACCGUCCGUCGUCGUGCGCCGCCGUGGCGGCGAAGUCUCUCCCGGUGAACGUCCCGGACUGGUCGAAGAUUCUCCGUGAGGAUCGCCGCGAUAAUCAUCACCGGAGGAGGAUCGAGGAGGACGACGACGGCGAUUCCGAGGACUGGUUGGACGCGAGCGGCGGGAGAUUGCCGCCGCACGAGUUUCUGGCGAGGACGAGGAUGGCGUCGUUCUCGGUGCACGAAGGUGUUGGGAGGACGUUGAAAGGGAGAGAUCUUAGUAGGGUCAGAAAUGCAAUUUUUGAGAAGAUUGGGUUCCAGGAUUAA